AUGGCUUCCAACUCCUCCGACCGUAGGGUCAGCCCACAAGGCGGCAUUCUAGAGGGCGGAAAUCCAUCGCAUUACGAUCCCAAGAAUCCUAUCGUCAUCUUCAUCAUUCAGGCCUCCAUCAUCAUCAUCUUCUGUCGUCUUCUGCAUUGGCCUCUGUCCAAGAUCCGUCAGCCUCGUGUUAUAGCGGAGGUCAUCGCCGGUGUCCUGCUUGGUCCGUCUGUGUUUGGGCGUAUCCCCGGCUUUACUGAUGCCAUCUUUCCGGCCGAGUCCAUUCCCAACCUAAAUCUUGUCGCGAAUUUGGGUCUGGUGCUCUUCCUCUUCCUCGUAGGCCUCGAGACCGAUCUUCGGUUUCUCGUCAGCAAUUGGCGGGUAGCGGUCAGUGUGUCAGCUGCGGGCAUGAUCUUACCGUUUGGUCUUGGCUGCGCCAUCUCUUAUGGUCUGUACAAUAGCUUCCGCGAUGAGCCCGGCACCGUCAGCAUUAACUUCGGUACCUAUCUUCUCUUCAUCGGUAUUGCCAUGGCCAUUACAGCCUUUCCCGUUCUAUGUCGUAUUUUGACGGAAUUGAAACUGCUUGGCACCAAUGUAGGAGUUAUCGUGUUGUCCGCGGGCGUCGGCAAUGACGUUGUGGGUUGGAUCCUCCUUGCCCUGUGUGUCGCCUUGGUCAAUGCCGGCACCGGGUUGACUGCUCUCUAUGUGCUCCUUGUCUGCGUGGGAUAUGUAUUGUUUCUGUCUUUCGUGUUCCGUCCUCUCUUCCUGCGCUUCCUCAGAAAGACUGGAAGUCUGCAAAAAGGGCCCAGUCAGUCCGUGGUGGCUCUGACUCUUCUAAUAGCGCUCGCCUCGGCAUUCUUCACGCAGGUCAUCGGUGUGCAUGCCAUUUUUGGCGGAUUCCUUAUCGGCCUUCUCUGUCCUCAUGAAGGUGGGUUUGCCAUAAAACUAACCGAGAAAAUCGAAGAUUUGGUAGCCACUCUCUUUCUACCACUUUACUUCACCCUCUCUGGCCUGCAGACGAACCUAGGGCUGCUUGACAAUGGCGAGGUCUGGGGCUACGUGUUUGGCAUCAUUGCGAUCGCUUUCAUUGCCAAGGUCGUAGGUGGUGCUGGUGCCUCCCGAAUGUGCGGGCUGCUUUGGCGCGAAAGCUUCUCUAUUGGAGUGUUGAUGAGCUGCAAAGGUCUAGUUGAGCUGAUCGUCUUGAAUAUUGGUCUGCAAGCCCAUAUCCUCAGUAGACGUACCUUUACCAUGUUCGUGGUAAUGGCGUUAGUGACAACAUUCGCGACCACCCCGUUAACAACAUGGUUGUAUCCCAAAUGGUACCAAGAUAAGGUAGACCGUUGGCGUCGGGGUGAAAUCGACUGGGAUGGCAAUCCGAUUCAAACUGAUGCCCGUGUGGACAGUGUGGCGGUGGCCAAAGAGGGGCAGCAAGGCAAUGCAGUGCAAAAGCUUCUCGUCUAUCUACGAUUGGAUGGCCUGUCUAGCAUCUGCACAUUGGUAGCACUAUUGGGACCUAGUAAUCUCGCACAACCCUUGGCUCCGAAGAUUCACCCCGACAAAAGAAGAUCCAUCAGGGCAUCAUCAGAGCCGGCCGCAGAGGAGUCCGCAACGGAUGUGGAGAAAUCCCCCGCCCUGCAGCUGCAUGGGGUUCGCCUGAUCGAACUGACCGACCGAGACUCGAGUGUCAUGAAAGUAUCAGAGAUCGAUGAAUACACUCUAUGGGACCCCGUAGUCAACACCUUCCGCGCAUUUGGCCAAUGGCAUGACAUUUCCAUCAUGGCAGGCGUGUCCGUUGUUCCCGAAUAUUCCUUCGCCGACACGGUCGUUGGUAUGGCUCGUCAGGAAUCCAGCGAUCUGCUUCUGCUGCCGUGGAGUGAGACAGGAACCAUGAGUGAGUACCAGAGUGGGUUGGGUCUAGAGGAGGCGAACCGGUUCGCCAACGGACCCUAUACGGCCUUUGUAUCCAAGGUGCUGGACCAGACCUCCUGCAACGUGGGGGUCCUCGUCGAACGUAGCCCAUUCGCGGGAGGAUUGCGCCGGUCCCUGCGGUCCAAGCAAUCUCUCGGCGCUCUCAGCACCCGCGGGUCAUUAUGGAAUACUGCUCCGGCGGCCGCACGCUCGCACCACAUUGUAUUUCCAUUUUUUGGUGGCGACGACGACCGAUUUGCCCUGCGCUUUGUAUUGCAGCUGGCGCAGAAUGACCAAGUGACCGCUACCAUUAUCUACAUCAAUGUGGCAUCGUCCCCACUGUCCGCGUCGGGUGGUAGUGAAGUGGGUAAGAGUAGCAGGACGCAGCCGGUCUUCACCGUGCAGGAAACCGAAUCGGACUCGAAUUUUUUCAACGCCAUGCGCGACUCGCUGUCGGAAGAACUGACAUCUCGCGUUGUGUUCAAACGGAUCGUCCCGGAGAAUGGGGAAGAUGGUGAUAGGGUGCAGGUGGCGGUGACGGCGGUCAAGGUGGAGAUGAGCCAGGCACCACACGAAGCCGGCAACCUGACGGUGGUCGGACGGCGCAAUAACAAGGUGGACGCUGAUUCGGCGUUCGGGACGGAGGGAGAAAUCGGGACAGAUCUCAGUCGGACUCUCGGGGCUGUCGGACAGGCGAUGGUACAGGAGAAUCGUGUGGGUCAUGUUCUAGUAUUGCGAGGAGGGAAUUUGUAG